AUGUCCCAAUCACCGAGUUUGUUCUCCAGGGGAUAUAUUGACGGAAUUUACAUUCCUUCUGGCCUCCUAGUCUUUGGAACCUUGAUAGUUAAAAGAGAAUGGUUACCUUACGCUGUUGCCCUCGCAGUCGCACUCGGGACGUUCAAAGUAUGGAAUAACAGAGUGCGUGCUGUUUUAAAGCCUGCCGAGUUCCAGGACUUCGAGCUUCAGGAGAAGACAAUUAUUUCCCACAAUGUCGCGAUCUAUCGAUUCAAGCUUCCUUCCGAAACCGCGAUCCUAGGACUGCCAAUUGGACAACACAUUUCUAUCGGCGCAGGUAUCAAGCAGGCAGAUGGUACAUCGAAGGAAAUCGUACGAUCAUACACUCCAAUUUCUGGUGACCAGCCAGGCUUCUUCGACCUCCUUAUCAAGUCAUACCCGACUGGUAACAUCUCAAAAUACAUGGCGUCUCUCGUUGUGGGCCAAACAAUCAAAGUCAAAGGGCCAAAGGGAGCUAUGGUUUAUACACCAAACAUGGUCCGUCAUUUUGGUAUGAUUGCAGGAGGAACUGGAAUUACACCUAUGCUCCAAAUUAUUAGAGCAGUUAUUCGAGGACGCCCAACAGGCGAUACCACCGAGAUUGAUCUUAUCUUCGCAAAUGUCAAUAAGGAGGAUAUUCUAUUGAAGGAGGAUCUUGAUCAAUUGGCUGCUGAAGACAAGGGAUUCAGAGUACACUAUGUUUUGAACAACCCGCCAGAGAACUGGGAGGGCGGUGUUGGAUUUGUCACUCCAGAGAUGAUGACCAAAUGGCUUCCAAAGCCUGCAGAGGAUGUUAAGAUGCUGCUUUGCGGUCCACCACCAAUGAUUAGCGCGAUGAAGAAAGCGUCGGAAAGUCUAGGCUUCAAGAAAGCUAGACCAGUGAGCAAGCUUGAGGACCAAGUUUUUGCGUUCUAG